AUAGAAGUGAUGUAAUUAAAAGCCUGUUAAAACAGAGGGGGUCUUUAGCAAACUGUCGGGGAGGGGUGAUAGAGCGAGAGAGAGAGAGAGAGAGAGGAUGGAUCUAUCUCUGUUUUGAUGUUGACUCAGGACUGAUGAAGAUGCAGGUUGUAGAGGCUGAUCCUGAGACAGGGCUGUUGAUCUGAACCAGCAACAGAGCCAAGAAGAGAGGAGUCAGUUCUGUGGUUUCACGGAACAAAAUACGAAUAGAAAUUCAUUAAAAAUCCUGGACCUGUGAUUCAAAAUUCCAUCAAAUCAGUCACACUUUUCCAUUCCCAAAGCCAUUAUUUAUAUAAUUUUGCGGACAUGGACAGGCCAGCUGUUUGUCAGCUUGUCGUAGCACUGAUUGGGCUCGUGCUGGUUCACCCCCUUAUGGUCAGAAGCCAGAAUGACACAGAGCCCAUAGUUCUGGAGGGGAAGUGUUUGGUGGUUUGCGACUCGACCCCUACCACGGAGCCGGCCAAUCAUGCACUGGGCAUGUCGGUGCGCUCAGGCACUGGACGAAUCGCCUUCUCUGCCAUCCGAAACACCAACCAUGAACCAUCAGAAAUGAGCAACCGGACCAUGACCAUCUACUUUGACCAGGUCCUGGUGAACGUUGGCAGCCACUUUGACCCUGCGAGGAGCAUCUUCCUGGCACCUCGCAAAGGAGUUUAUAGCUUCAGCUUUCAUGUGGUCAAAGUUUACAACAGACAGACAAUACAGGUAAGCUUGGUGCUGAAUGGUUGGCCAGUGAUCUCAGCAUUCGCAGGGGACCAGGAUGUGACUCGUGAGGCAGCGACAAAUGCAGGGCUGGUUACAAUGGAGAGAGGAGACAAGGCCUAUCUCAAGCUCGAGCGAGGGAAUCUAAUGGGUGGAUGGAAGUACUCCACCUUCUCUGGGUUUCUUGUUUUCCCUUUAUAGAGGAAGCACUGGAAGAGAGGAACUGGACUGGACUGGACCUGUAGAUCCAGAACAACAUUCUGUCAUGGGUUAAAGUGCAUCUCCAGCAGAUUUAGUGGAACCUGGUCUAAGAUCUGUUAAUAUUUUCCAUAUCUUUCUCCUGGUCUGUCUUGUUCUGGUGAUUUCUGUUGCUCUUCAUCAUCAUCAUCAUCACAUUAGAAGUAUUUGCAUGUCUUCCUUCUAAACACUACCUACACGGAUCAUUCCUGAAGACUCCUGGGCAACCAGGUGACAUCAUUCCAAUGUCUGAUGUGGCCAUUUUAUUAGGUUCAAAGUGCAAAUGGACACAGGUGGACACAUGGCCACAGACUCGGUUCUAUUUAUUAUCACCAGCGCCAUCUGCUAAGCUGGCAGAGCGGGUCAGGAGCGCGCCAGAUACAUUCCUGUGAUCCGGCUGCCAAAGGACUGCAGGUUCCAAUGUAAAUCCUGGACGUGGUCACACAUAUUAAAGCUAUCGUCGUUGUCCUGGCACUCGUCCCUCGCUACAUGUCCGGUUUCACCACUGUGGGCGGUGUGGCACGUUACAUAGAGGCAUGUUCACUCUCACAAAUAAAGCUUCCUACACUCUUAAAAAUAAAGGUUCUGCAAUGCCACAGAAGAACCAAUAUUAUGGUCAUAAAGAAUCAUUUUGUAAAAGAGACUUGUGAGAUUGUGUAGAACCUUUUAAAGAUUUUAACAACUUGCCAAGGUUCCCCACAAUAAUAGUUUUUCCACACUUGUUUCAGAAGAUGGAUGUCAGAGCAGGGAAUAACGUCAAACCAAGUGGAUGGUGUUUACAUAAUAUUACAAAAAAAAAAAACAUUUUAAAAUAUUUCCAAAACAAAGAAAAAACAUUUUGUUAAAGAGCCACUAAAACCUAACGCAUAUAUUUUUUUCAAUAAUAGCUAAAAUGUGUUCCUUUGAAGUUGUGAAACAUAU